AAACGUAGAUACAUGGGGGCGUUUGGCUCUCAUUUUAAGAGUGGUUUAAUAAAACAACCCUUAUCCUCCAAAAGAACAAUUACAUCUUUUUGUGAUUAAUAUUUAUGUGAUUUACAAAUUAAUGAAGAAAAAAAAAAGUCUUUCCCUAACCCCAUUCAUGACUCCACCCAGCUAUCUGCAUUUAGGAGUAGAAGCUUCCAGAAACACCCAUCAUGCCUGAAACAGCUGAAGCCGUGUCUGCAACUCUCACUACCCGCAGGAAUGCCACCAUAGAGAUCACCAACCUCACCACCAACUACUGUCUGCUCAACCCCAAAGUGUUUCUCGAGAGUGGCGAAACCGUCAACCCCCCUCAGCCCACCGUGCGCCCCCUGAAGACCGAGGUGUGCGCUUUCAGCAAGACCAGUGCCAAGGCCACGGGCAGCGUCGGGGUCAUGACCUACGAGCUCUACGAGCGCAGCCGCAAGGAUGCCGCCGAGACGCUGGCCAUCAUGUUCUCCAUCCCCUGGGACUACAACGUCUACAAGAACUGGUACGCCAUCGGCUUCUACCCCAAGGGGAAGGAGUGCGACGAGGCCCUCUACAAGGAGAUGUACUACGACAAGGAGCCCAAGGGCUUCGUCCGCAUGGAAGCAAAUGGUUCUGGGCUGACCUUCCAGGGGUCCAACCUGGACAUCAAGGCCACCAUGUGCCCCAUGGAAAAGGCCAUCAUGAAGGUGGAGGUCUGGGAUAAGAUGUUUACCCCGAGCAUGCAGCAGUCGCACCACUAGAGGGCGCUACUGCGUAGAUCAAUGGGGAGAGAUGGAGAGAGAGAGGGAGAGAGAUGGAGAGAGAGAG